AUUCAAUGUGGGACAAAUGACCACUGUUAUAAUAAGCUAUUUAAGAGCAAUGGGACAAAUGACCACCGUUAUAAUAAGCUAUUUAAGAGCAAUGAGAUUAAAAGAAACAAUAAUUAUUGCUGACCAUUGGUCAUUUUAAAAUAUAUAGGAAGUCAUCUUGACUGUUGAUUAUCUAUCCUUAGAAAAAUAUAUAUAUAUAUAUAUAUAUAUAUAUAUAUGAAGGGAUGGUAGAAGAAGUUCAAGACCUCAGGUCCUCCAAAAGGAACUAAGUAGGCUGAUGAUGCUCAGAUUUUGCCAUCUCAAUGAAUUUUCAGUUACUUCCAUUUCUUUAUAAUUUUUUUCUUUUAUUUUUAUUUUCUGGGCAGGGAUUAGUAUGGUUUUUAUUCUUUUCUAUAUGAUGAUUCUGGGCUGACAAGUUUAGUUCUGCACAACUUUAAUUUGGAAUAUUGGGUCUGCUGGUUGCAUAGGUUGAUUCCCUUUUACUCUCUUUUACCUAUCUAAAUUAUUGAUUGGUGUUCCCUUCUUUUGAUUUCUUUUUUAUGUUCAGCUUUGUUGUGGAAGUACUGUGUGCAUGGUUGACUUUAAUCAUACCUAGCUUUAAUAUGAUGAGAUAUUAAAUCAGUAAUACAAAAUCUGCACUUUGUUUUUUAAGUGAUGUAACUAGUUUUCCUAAUUGAAUUCUUGAUUAUGUGAGAAUUUAAAUCAUUAAUACAAAAUCUGCAUUUUUUGUUGAAGUGAAAUGGUAUGGUUUUCCAUUUAGGAAAUGGAGCUGCCAUUUUAUUUUAAAUUGAAUUAUUAUUUUGUCUCUAUUCUUCAGCCAUUAUAUACUUUCUCUUCAGCCGUUAUAAACUUUGAAGUGACAGUAUGGCCUCCACAUCAAGAAGCCAUACACUGGAAACAGAGGCCCAGAGAACUAGCGGAAUGAAUGGAGCUCAAAGUAAAUUGGAAAAGAGCAAGGAAGAGGAGAGCACCAAUACGGUUCCAUUUUUCAAGCUAUUCUCAUUUGCAGAUUCUGCGGAUGUUAUGUUAAUGAUUGCUGGUACCAUUGGUGCCAUUGCGAAUGGGUUAUCCGUGCCCCUUGUGUCAAUUCUAUUUGGGGAUUUGACAAAUUCUUUUGGACAAAACCAAAAUAGCAAAGAUGUGGUUAGUUUGGUUUCUAAGGUAUCACUGAAAUUUGUCUAUUUGGCUUUGGGGUCUGGUGCGGCAUCAUUCCUCCAGGUGGCUUGCUGGAUGAUCACAGGAGAGAGACAAGCUGCAAGAAUAAGAAAUUUUUAUCUGAAAACUAUUUUGAGGCAAGAGAUCGCUUUCUUUGACAAGGAAACAAUUACAGGUGAAGUUGUUGGGAGGAUGUCUGGUGAUACUGUUCUCAUACAAGAUGCUAUGGGCGAAAAGGUUGGGAAAUUUUUACAAUUGGUAUCUACAUUUUUUGGAGGCUUUGUAAUAGCAUUUAUCAAAGGGUGGCUUCUUACAGUUGUCAUGUUGUCAUCCGUUCCUCUACUUGUAAUAGCUGGUGGAGCCAUGUUCCUCAUCAUAUCCAGGAUGGCAUCCCGUGGGCAAAAUGCUUACGCGAAAGCAGCAAUUAUAGUUGAACAGACAUUUGGCUCAAUCAGAACUGUUGCAUCAUUUACUGGGGAGAAGCAAGCUGUGACUAAUUACAAUAGAUCUCUUGUAAAUGCUUACAAGUCAAGUGUUCAAGAAGGCUUGGCUGCUGGAUUAGGUUCAGGAACAGUUAUGUUUAUCAUGUUCUGCAGUUAUGCUUUGGCUACAUGGUUUGGUGCAAAGAUGAUACUAGAAAAAGGAUAUACUGGGGGUGAAGUGCUCACUGUAAUUAUUGCUGUAUUGACUGGUUCCAUGUCUUUUGGACAGGCAUCUCCCUGCUUGGGUGCUUUUGCUGCAGGUCAAGCUGCAGCAUUCAAGAUGUUUGAGACUAUUAAUAGGAAGCCCGAGAUAGAUGCAUAUGACAUGAAGGGAAAAAUAUUGGAUGACAUUAGUGGAGACAUAGAGUUAAGAGAUGUCCAUUUUAGUUAUCCAACCAGACCAGAUGAGCAAAUAUUCAGUGCAUUCUCUCUUUCUGUCCCUAGUGGCACAACUGCUGCUUUGGUUGGGUUGAGUGGAAGCGGGAAGUCAACAGUGAUCAGUCUGAUUGAGAGAUUUUAUGAUCCACAAACUGGUGAAGUACUUAUUGAUGGAAUUAAUCUAAAAGAGUUCCAGCUUAAAUGGAUUAGGGAGAGAAUUGGUCUCGUCAGCCAAGAACCCGUGUUGUUCGCAGUCAGCAUUGAGGAUAAUAUUGCGUAUGGGAAGGAUGGGGCAACAAUUGAGGAGAUUAAAGCAGCAGCUGAGAUAGCAAAUGCUGCCAAAUUUAUUGAUAAACUGCCACAGGGACUACACACCAUGGUGGGUGAGCACGGAACUCAGCUGUCUGGUGGACAGAAGCAACGAGUUGCCAUAGCCAGAGCAAUUCUGAAAGAUCCACGAAUUCUACUUCUAGAUGAAGCAACAAGUGCACUUGAUGCUGAAUCCGAAAGGAUUGUGCAAGAAGCAUUAGAUAGGAUUAUGGUCAACAGAACAACAGUUAUUGUUGCCCAUCGUUUGAGCACAGUGAGGAAUGCUGAUAUGAUUGCCGUGAUUCAUCAAGGAAAGAUGGUUGAAAAAGGCUCACAUUUUGAACUACUCAAGGAUCCUGAUGGAGCAUACGCUCAGCUUACAAAAUUGCAAGAAGUGAACAAAGAUUUAGAACAUGAAGGUGCAGUUGAGCAAGACAAGUCAAAAAUUACUACGGAAUCUGGUAGAUGGUCAAGUCAACGAAUGUCAUUCCUGCGUUCCACAAGUUGGGGAUCAUCUGGAGCAGGAAACAGGAACCACCACUCACUCUCCGUCUCUUUUGGUCCACCAGUACCACCCAGAUUGAGUGUUCCUGAAACUGCAUUAACAGAACCCGGUGGCCUCCUACCAAAACUGUCAGAAAAGCGUCCAGAAGUUCCUCUCCGCCGCCUUGCCUAUCUCAACAAGCCAGAGGUUCCGGUUCUGAUAGCAGGAGCCAUAUCUGCAGUCAUCAAUGGUGCAAUAUCUCCAGUCUUUGCCGUACUAAUUUCAAGUAUGAUCAAAAUAUUUUAUGAGCCUCCACGUGAACUAAGGAAGGAUUCAAAGUUUUGGGCCCUAAUGUUUGUAAUUUUGGGAUUGGUAUCAUUACUGGUGUAUCCAGCACAGACAUACUUUUUUUCUGUGGCUGGGAGUAAGUUAAUAACACGGAUCAGGUCAAUGUGCUUUGAGAAGGUGGUUCAUAUGGAGGUUGGUUGGUUUGAUGAGCCCGAGCACUCAAGUGGAGUGAUUGGUGCAAGGCUGUCCGCAGAUGCAGCUAGUGUGCGAGCUUUAGUUGGAGACGCACUUGCUCAGGUGGUUCAGAAUGCUGCCUCUGCAGCUGCAGGUUUGGCCAUUGCUUUUGUAGCAAGUUGGCAGUUGGCGCUUAUCAUCCUUGCUUUGCUACCACUAAUAGGAGUUAGUGGAUAUGUUCAAGUGAAGUUCUUGAAAGGGUUCAGCGCAGAUGCAAAGAUGAUGUAUGAGGAAGCGAGCCAAGUUGCUAAUGAUGCAGUCGGAAGUAUAAGAACAGUUGCUUCUUUUUGUGCUGAAGAGAAAGUGAUGGAACUGUACAAAAGGAAAUGUGAGGGCCCUAUGAGGACAGGGAUAAGGCUAGGUUUAGUUAGUGGGAUAGGUUUUGGGGUAUCCUUUGCCUUGCUUUUUUGUGUCUAUGCAACCAUUUUCUAUGCAGGAGCCCGGCUUGUUGAGGAUGGAAAAACAACAUUUUCCGAUGUUUUCCGUGUCUUCCUUGCUCUAACCAUGGCAUCUCUUGCUAUUUCUCAGUCAAGCUCCUUAGCCCCUGAUUCCAGCAAAGCCAAAAUUGCUACUGCUUCCAUAUUUGACAUCCUAGACGGGAAGUCGAAGAUAGACCCAAGCGAUGAGUCUGGGAUGAAACUAGAGAACGUCAAGGGAGAGAUUGAGUUUCGGCACGUUAGCUUUAAGUACCCGUCUAGGCCAGAUGUUCAGAUUUUGCAAGACCUCAGCUUGACAAUUCCUAGGGGCAAGACGGUCGCUCUGGUUGGGGAAAGUGGAUGUGGAAAAUCAACAGUUAUCUCAUUAAUGCAAAGAUUUUACGAUCCUGAUUCAGGUCAUAUUAUGCUUGAUGGAAUUGACAUUCAGAAGUUCCAGUUGAAGUGGUUGAGGCAGCAGAUGGGUCUUGUGAACCAAGAACCUGUCUUGUUUAAUGAUACAAUACGUGCUAACAUUGCAUACGGAAAAGAAGGAAAUGCUAGUGAGGCAGAAAUUUUAGCUGCAUCUGAGUUGGCAAAUGCCCACAAUUUCAUUAGUGGGUUACAACAGGGGUAUGAUACGAUAGUAGGAGAGAGAGGAGUUCAAUUGUCUGGUGGGCAGAAGCAGCGUGUGGCUAUUGCAAGGGCUAUCGUGAAAAGUCCAAAGAUACUACUGCUGGAUGAGGCUACUAGUGCACUGGAUGCUGAAUCCGAGAGAGUGGUUCAAGAUGCAUUAGACCGAGUCAUGGUGAACCGAACUACAGUGGUGGUGGCACAUCGAUUGUCCACCAUCAAGAACGCGGAUGUUAUUCUGGUGGUUAGAAAUGGAGUCAUCGUGGAGAAAGGGAAACACGACGGUCUGAUCAAUAUCGAGGAUGGUUUCUAUGCCUCCUUGGUAGCACUUCACAUGAGCGCUUCAUCUUAGUAAUUUUUUCUUAUUCUAUUCUUUUUGUGUGUUUUCAUUUCUUCAAAAAAAUUUGUGAAAGAUUGCAAUUAUGUUGUUCUGAUAAUUAUGUGAAUAUAAGUUGUUUUAAGAUUUUACUAACUAGAAAAAUAAAAUA